GAGAGAGGCUGUUUGGUGUAUAUGAGAGGGGUGAGAUUUGAGAAAUAGGAGGGGCUUCUAAACGACUAGAAAUGUCAAUCUGAGCAAGGGAGUCCCAAUAAUCUAAAGCAAUCUGUAAGGACCUGACCUUAGUCCAUCCAGAUCAAUAGGGAAGUGAGGGUGGAAAGGAGAAGAAGAGGAAGAAAUAAGGGGCGCAACCGGAUCGUUUACACUGGCUGUUCCCGAGGAAAUAUAGACUUCUCUUGCCUGCACCUUUUGUUGCUCACAUGCUCACACUGUAAAAGUGGAUAUCGAGGCAAUUCCCUUGCUUUGUGUGAUUGCAGCAGACUUUUUUCCCUUUUCCUACCACCAUGUCUUUCCCUCAGCUGGGAUAUCAGUACAUCCGACCGAUAUACCCGCCGGAGCGCCAGGGGAUCGCCAGCAAUGCCCGAUCCGGGACAGAGCUGAGUCCGUCCGGCGCACUCUCCAACGUCCUCUCCACUAUGUAUGGAUCUCCUUUCGCCGCAGCAGCGCAGGGCUAUGGAGCGUUUCUCCCCUACUCAAACGAUAUAUCAAUUUUCAAUCAAUUGGGUGCUCAGUAUGAACUGAAAGACAGUCCCGGUGUCCAGCACCCAGGGUUUGCCCACCAUCACCCUGCUUUUUACCCAUAUGGCCAAUAUCAGUUCGGUGACCCGUCCAGACCCAAAAACGCCACCAGGGAGAGCACCAGCACCCUGAAGGCCUGGCUCAGUGAGCACCGCAAGAACCCCUACCCCACCAAGGGCGAGAAGAUCAUGCUGGCCAUCAUCACCAAAAUGACCCUCACCCAGGUGUCUACCUGGUUCGCCAACGCCAGGAGGAGGCUAAAGAAGGAGAACAAGAUGACCUGGGCCCCCCGGAACCGCACCGACGAAGAGGGGAAUGUUUACUCCAGCGAUCACGAGGGGGAGGAGGGGGACAAGAGGGAGGACGAGGAGGAGAUCGACUUGGAGAACAUCGACACGGAAAAUAUUGAGAACAAGGACGACUUGGACGACCAGGACGACCUGCAUUCAGAUAUUAAACUAGACGGGAGGAGUGACUCUGAAAUUUCUGACGGCUAUGAGGAUUUACAAGGGCCCGACCAGAGGUUUCUAAAGGCUGUGGGGAAAGAGGGCAAAGACGUGGAGAGAGGAGGAGAGCACUUCCACAGCCACCACCAUCACCACCACCAUCACGCUUCUUUGGACACCAAAGCGUCCCAACCAAACGGAGAGCAGCUCAAACUGAACCCAGUGUCCGUUAGCUCGCCGCCCUCAGAAAACAAUCCUGCCCCAGCCCAAAAGCCAAAGAUCUGGUCUUUGGCAGAGACAGCCACGGCCCCUGACAAUCCCCGUAAAUCGCCACAAAUGAACGGCAGCAACUCCGCAGGGCCGGCCGCCCAGACCAUAAUCGCCCCUCACAGACUCAUCUCUUCUUGUCCCGUUGGGAAAAUCCAGAACUGGACGAACCGAGCCUUCUCGGCGCAUCAGCUGGCUUUACUGAACUCAAAUCAUUACCUGGGACUGGCAAACCAGGCCACCGCCACCGGCCUGGCCCUCUACAGCAGCAGGCAAACGGAGGACAAGAGUCAUAGUUCAGAGACUCCAGUCACAGGCCACACAGAUGAACAGUGUUACAAUGUUAUAUCUUACAGAAUACAGUGUGUGUGAUGUGUGCGUGUGUGUGUAACUGCUUUGAAAAAUGUUUCCCCAAACGAAAAACCUCGUCAGAAAGCAUUUAAGAAAAAAGUCUAAUGUUGAAUUGGGUGAAAACUUGUUCCUACUUUUGUGCCCCCCUCCCUUUCCUUCCUUUAUUUGGUAUUGUUACAUCCAUGUGAUAUUAAGGCCCACGUGCUUGUAUUCAGUGGUUUACAUAAAUCCCACAACCCAUUAAAACCAACUAGUUUUUCAACACUAAAUUCACUGAAAGCCAGGAUGGGCUCCGAUUACAGACAGUUUAAUUAAAUCAUUUUAAUUUCCAUUGCCACAAUUUCAGAGAGAUCUAGUGCCUUGGAUGCAGAGAAAAAAAAAGUUGUUUAAAAACAGCUUUCCACACAGUUCAAAGAAAGUGAGGCUGUCAGUUAAUGACAUCUGGGAAUUUUCUUUUUGAUGCCAUAUCACAUUUUCUUUUUUAAACGCCAUAUUUACCCAAAUUAGCUUUUAUUCUAAGAUUUGUUUUAUCCCUGUGUGUGCGCUUGUGUUAUUUCGUCAAGGCCUAUGUUACACUUACUUGUUUGGUCAUGCAAAUGAGCUCAAUGCAAAUUCACUACAGGCUCGUUUUUGAAAGGCAAUUGUCACUUUUAUAUCACUUUGUGUUUUAGCUCUUCGUGAGGCUAUUAUUAGUGUUUUUUUGUUUUGUUUUUUCGUUUUGUUUUUUUGGAUCACUACAUUUUAUUUUCUUUUACCCCUGUGUAUUUCAGGCCUCAGAACCAACUAAGCAGCGGUGGUUCUUUCGGCUCCUUCCAUAACCUCUCACCCAUCCUCUCUUUUCUUUUUCUUUUAAUUUGAAUAUGGAAUGUAAAAUAAGAAUAAUACAUCUCUGUAUACUUACAUUGUAAGCAUGUCCUGUGUAAAACUGCUAAUGUAAUAAUGUAUGAACCUGUAGUCUGUGAGUUUUUUUUCUUUUUGUAAGUUCUGUGAGGAUUUGAUGUUCAAAUGUUUUGUAUAUAAAGUUAAGAAUAUGUACAUACUUGUGAACCAAAUUGUACAAGAAAGUCUAUAUUUUGGCUAAUAAAUGAACUGCUGCAACUUUAAGAAAUUGUUGGUUUUUGGACAAGCUAUUUUGACAGCUGUUUUUGAUGGUGGCUGUUAUUGUGCAGUGCAGCUUGAAUUGCAUUGCUUUGGUUUGCGUGUCUGCGUGUUAGUGGACAGCCUGAGGCACAGACUUCAUCCUCUGUGGUAGUGAUAAGUAAAUAUUCGAGAGGGAUUUAUCACAUUUUUUGUAGUGGAGGGACUUAAGGCUAAUUAGCCAGUAUUGCGGCAUACAUUUGGAUAUUAAUG